GGGGACCAUAUUCUCAUUCGUAAAAAAGAAGCUUUGUCCAACACCGAAAACAAUACAGAGGAUUCGCCGGUGAGGGACUUUUUUAUUUUUUAUUUUUUAGCACAGAUCAGAGGGAUAAUGAAGAUAAUAAUAAAGAUAGCAGAGGAAACACGAGUGAGGUGGAUAAAGAAUCGACUAUAAGAGCUGUUCUCUUUUCAAGACAGAAUGUUGAAAACCGAAUAUCGAUUCUUGUUUUUAACAACGUCCCUACUAGGGCUCGGUCGUCAUUGCAUGGCCCUCGUUCACCGUAUCAGAGAACCACAUCCAAAUGAGUAGUGUUUCUAGACUCAAUGCCAAUAUUGCUAUCGGUGAUCCAGUGGAGAUCGAAUUAAUCAGUAGCCCUAUAUAUGAGGCAUCUCAGAUCACUCUAUCAGCCCUUCAUCCCAUACCAUUCGUAUCUAAUCCCUUGUUCACAAUGUUCACAAAGGAGAUCAUGAUUGAGAUCAGAUUUAUCAUCAAGAACAACUACGUUGAGUUUCCAUAUAACGGGAAACCACAGAGAUUUAGAGUGACGGGCAUCACGUUAGAUGGUAAAGAGCACUAUGACAGCAAUGGAUUAUCAAUAUUUGCAGUAGGCAGCGGCACUGUCGUCAAAGUGCUUCCUUUUACUCCUUCUCAAGCUGAGCUACACGAUCAGAUUUUCAAGGAGGCAGGAGCCACUAAUAACAACAGCAUUGUCGAGCUGGACAAAAAGCAACAGAAGAAGAACCACCACGCCUAUGAUCAAAUUGGCGGAUUAGGCGCUCAGAUCAAGACUGUGCGCGAAAUGGUGGAGAUUCCACUGCAUAACCCAGAGAUCUUUACUCGAUUUGGUCUUCGGCCACCUAAAGGUGUGUUGCUCUUUGGACCCCCCGGAACUGGAAAGACAUUGAUUGCACGGACGGUUGCUGCUGCAACCAAUGCAUUCUUGACUGUCAUCAAUGGCCCCGAAAUUAUUAGCAAGUUCUAUGGAGAAACUGAAGCUAAACUAAGAGCAAUUUUUGAAUUGGCGGCCGAAAACUCGCCUUCUAUUAUCUUUAUCGACGAGAUUGACGCUCUCUGCCCGAAGCGUGAUGAGGCCGCAAGUGAAAUGGAGAAGCGUGUCGUGGCCACUCUUUUGACGUUGAUGGAUGGCGUAUCGGAAAAAAAGACUCUUGUUACCACUGAAAACCCAUCAUCAUCGACCCAUCCUUACAAUCUCUCGGCUACCACAGCAUCUACUCUCGACAGCAACAACAACAGUUCUCCAAGGAUUGUUGUCCUGGGCGCUACAAAUCGACCAAAUGCACUCGAUGAGGCUUUACGUCGUCCUGGUCGUUUCGAUCGCGAGAUAGAAAUUGGCAUUCCAAAUGCUUCAGCACGCAAUGAAAUCCUGACGGCCCUGUUGAAGAAAAUACCUAACAAUCUCACGGCCGCGCAGAUAGAGCAUUUGGCAUCUAUAUCGCAUGGCUAUGUUGGUGCCGACCUUGCAGCAGUUUGCAGGGAAGCUGGGCUGAAGACCAUCAAUAGGGUUUUGAGUAGCGGGAAGUCUGACUAUGACGCCUCACAUUUUGGAGCUGUUGGUAUCAAUGCUUCAGUUCUAGAUCCUAAAAGGCAGCAAAAUCCCCAAGUGUUGGGUUUACAAAAUUGCUUUGAGACACUCUCUUUAUCCAAAGACCAAUUGGUGGGCGGAUAUUUAACACCCAAACAUGAACAUGAUGAAUUGAUGGUAUCUGUGGAAGAUAUGAGAACGGCCAUGACAGAUGUCAAACCAAGCGCAAUGCGCGAGAUCAUGAUCGAAGUGCCAAAAGUUCUAUGGACAGAUAUUGGUGGUCAAGCAGAGAUUAAACAAAAACUUAAGGAGUCUGUGGAAUGGCCAUUACAGCAUCCGGACGCAUUUAUUCGUAUGGGCAUCAGGCCUCCAAAGGGCAUCCUUCUCUAUGGCCCACCAGGGUGUAGUAAGACAUUGAUGGCAAAAGCUCUUGCUACACAAGCAGGACUUAACUUCAUAGCUGUAAAAGGUCCCGAGUUAUUUAGCAAGUGGGUUGGUGAAUCUGAAAAGGCCGUGCGCGAUGUCUUUCGAAAAGCUAGGGCAGCGUCUCCAUCUAUUGUGUUUUUUGAUGAAAUUGACGCGUUGACUAUUAAGCGUGGCAGUGGAGACGAUGGCGGUUCUUCUGUCGCAGAUCGCGUGUUAUCUCAGUUACUCAAUGAACUAGAUGGGAUCGAGCCUCUCGUGAACGUCACGGUUGUUGCAGCUACCAAUAGGCCCGAUAUCAUGGAUCCAGCUCUGAUGCGGCCUGGAAGGAUCGACCGCAUCCUGUACGUGUCGCCACCAGAUUUGGCUUCAAGAAGAGAGAUUCUGAGGCUACAGAUCCACUCUAAAAAGAUGGCAUGCGAUGUGGAUGUCGAUAUCGAGCAUUUAGCUGAGCGUACGGAAGGUUGCUCUGGUGCCGAAGUAGUCGCACUAUGUCAAGAAGCGGCAAUGAAGGCCAUGGAAGAGAAUCUAGACAUAACUUGUGUGUCUAAACGGCAUUUUGAACAAGCACUAGUAGGGAUGACUCGGCGAAUCACGCCAGAGAUGAUUCAGUUUUAUGACAAUUUUAGAAUGCGGUCAGGGCUAAAAAGCGUAUAGUUAAUUAACUUCUGAA